AUGCUACAUUUGUUUUGUUCUGCUGUGACCCUAUCGAUCGGCGCUGCUAUUGUGCUCGCUGCUUCAAUCCCCGACGGCACUUGGCCAGCUAGCCAAGGCCGUGUCAGCUUUGCUGAAGUCUACGUUGUCGAAUCGGGCCAAGUUUUCGACGGCGGCAUGAAGACGUACGACCGUUCUGACAUCACCUGCCUCGAACAGACCGAAAGCAACGUGUCUACCGCUGUCUUCGAGGUCAAACCCGGAGCCACGCUCAGGAAUGUCAUCAUUGGAAAGAACCAAAUGGAGGGUGUCCACUGCGACAUUGUCUCGAGAGUCAUCGGUGGCGGUGCUCGCUAUGCGGAUGACAAGGUGAUCCAGCACAACGGAUAUGGCACUGUUGUCGUCGAUGGCUUCUUCGCUCAGGACUUCGGCAAGCUUUACCGCUCGUGCGGAAACUGCAAGAGCAAUCCUGCCCAGCGUUUCCUCGUCAUGAGCAACAUCUAUGCUGAUCUCAAUGUUAUUCAGACUAAACGUUCUGGUAAGAACACGAGCAUUGUCAUGAUGAACGGAAAUUUUGGAGACCAUGCUGUGCUUCGCAACAUUCAUGUGAAGCCCAAUCCUUUGGGCAAUUUCACGGAGUGUGCCUCUUCUCGUGUAGUCAACAUAAGCGGAGCGAAGCCGUUGGUGCUCAGCAACGGUCCCAACAUCCCGGUGUGCGUGUACUCCAAUGAGGACGUACAUAUCAUCCAAACGCAUGAGCAACAGAAGAAGCUGUGUGCGUAUUAA